UCCCGACACCUGCAGCGGGCGCCAUCUCUCCCGCUAAGUAGCCGGCCUCACGGGACGCCGGCUACCGCGUGAAUGCAGAGGAUCUCACUGUUAGCUCACUUUCCUAGAGUGGGAGGAGGAGGCUCGAACUUAGCCCAGUGAGCUCCCUGCUUCGUUCAUGGGUGGUCUGGAUACCAGUGCUAUGUGUGGCUUGCAAGACGGACCGAAGCCAUGGAUGGGAUGCAGGAUGGAUGCUUGCGUGGUACAAAUGUCUGACGGCCUCGGGGCCCCAGGCUUUUUUUCUGGAGAUGAAACACGUAUCCGGGCCCAAUUCUCUUCCCAUUGGGUUCUGUUGAACAUAGCCCGUGUUUAGUAAAUCGGUAAAGAGUCUGUUUAGUCAAGAGCUGCCUUCCUAUCUGUGAAGGAGUCUUUAGGUGUUUCUAGAGGCAUGAGAAUGGAGGAGGACGGGGUUCCACAGUCUGAAGUGAAAGGAAUUCCAGAGCUGGUCCCUGUUAGGGUCCAGGAGUCGCCCCACAAACCACAGGAAUAUCAAUCUCAGUCAGACAGGGAUAGUGUAUUGAAUGCACACCCCACGGUCGGUAGACAUAGCUUAGACUCUGGAACUGAAUGCUACUAUCAUGAACUUCGUUUCAGGGUCAGUUUAUAUAGGCAGAAACCCAUAAUGAACUCACAAGCAAUUGCGGGGAGGGCUUGUAGGGUUAUUGGCCUUUUUCCAAGUUGUGUGUGUGUGUGUUUAAAUAAUUUAGACAUAACAGUUCAAGUUGACUUCUAUCUUGCUUAGCUCUGAGUGAAGUCUGCAAUUGGGGAGUUUGCAAGAAGAACAGUCCUCAAAACAUGGUAACAAACCUCUGAACAUACCGGGAUAUAUGGUCAACAUGACCACGGUCUGAGCCAGACUAUUCUCUGGGUCAGCAGUCAGUCUAAUUUCAGUGGCAGCAGUAUGAGAUGGCACUCAUACUGGCAGGCGAGAAGCAAAAUGGCUACAGCUAUGCCAGGGAGGCAGUGCCAGGGGAACAGGCUUCAACUGUCUAUGCUGUAAGUCCAGUUUGUGUCUAGUUAGCAGUUACACUAAAAAGUAUUCUGUGGCUUGUCAAAGAACGAUAAGGAAGGCCGUGUAAACAGUGGUUCUCAACCUUCCUAGUCCUGCGACCCUUUAAAGUGCUGUCCCCCAACUGUAAAAUUAUUUUGUUUCUCCUCCAUAACUGUAAUUUUGCGACUGUUAUGAAUUAUAAUGUAAAUAUCUGAUAUUCAAGUAUGGUAUCAGGUAUAAUAUGUGACCCUCCCCCAAAGAGGUCACAACCUACAGGUUAAGAACUGGUAUAAAGGAUUGUACAGCUAGAUAUAGGAGCCAGUACAGUGGGGGAGAAAUAGGACUCCAACUAGAGAUGAACAAGGGGGAAAUUUGUAACCAAAGAUCAGUUUUGAGGGUUAGUGGAUGAGAAUGUGAUUCGAGGGAAAAAAAGGGUAAAGGGGUCUGGCUAAGCCAACCUAACUGGGUUCUUGCUGAAGACAAUCCUGGAAGGCUUGUGUCUAUAAUUGGGAGCCUGGCAUACAGAAUUGGCAGAGGGGUGGUCUUGGUAAACUCCCUUCACAAAGUCCUUCAUUAAAACUAGGUUUUACAAGAUAGUGUUUGGAUAGGCCUAGAAAAAGGUUCAGGCGCCUGACCAAAGUUAGACCAAAGAAUGUUUCUCCAAGACUAGGUAGGGCAUGAAGGCCCUGUCUUUCCUAAUGACUGCAUAGCAAGAUGUUUGGCUCUUGGCUUCCUGAGAAGGGUUCUCCUAAAGAGUAAGAAAUGCAUGCACUACCUUAAAGGGAUAAAGGAAGGAGACAAGUUUGUAGGCCCCUUUUAGGAAGUGCUCUAAGAAAAGGAAGUUGGGACUCUGUUAAUCCCAGGAGUUGCUCAGAAUAUCUAGUGCUUUCUCCUGGCAGUGUUGAACUUUCUCAGACAGUUGUUUCCAUGAAGCACGGGGACCUGGUCCUCCUAGGAACAAGACCACUGGUGCUAGAAACCCUGCGAGGAUUUAGUUACCUCUUAGUACAGGGUUUUGGAUGGAAACAUUAGGAACCAAGAGGUCCUCAGUUCCUAGUUCUCCCCUUCCAUUCUAACCCUGUGAGUAACUGCUUAAAGCCUGGGGAUUUAGUACACCGAUGGGGGUUUGCUUAGCAUGCCUGAGGCCCUUGAUCCAACCCCUUCUCCCAAUACACACACACCUUCAGAAGUGCAAUAUAAAAAGGUAUAGACCGAGGAGAUCAUUCAACAGUUAAAAGGCACCAUCUGCCAACUCAGACAGCCUGAGUUAGAUCGCUAGAACCCAAGAGUUGGAAGGAGCGGACUGACGGCUGUGAGUCAGCACACAUGCACAUACACACUGACUAAAAACAAAGAACAAGGGCAGUGGGACACACCUGUCAUCCCAUCACUUAGGGAGACUAAGGCAGGAAGAGUGUCACACUAGGCAACUGUGUGAUAACGUCUCCAAAACAGAGAAAGAAGUAAAAAUUUAAAAUGGAGUGUGCAAAUACAGUUCAGAACUUGUCUGUAUGUGCAAGGUCCUAGUAGGUUCUGAGUCCAGACUGUUGGGCUGCAAAAACUGGAAGUUUUAGUUUUAGAAUUCUUAUUUUUAGAUUUGUUCAUGUAUGAGUGUUUUGCCUGCUUGUAUGUAUGUGUACCACAUGCAUGUCUGGUGCUCUUAGAGGUUAAAGGGAGACAUAGAGUCUUCUAGAAUUAGAGUUAUGGAUGUUGUAAACCAUCAUGUGGGUGCUAAGUAUCAAAUCUAGGUUCUCUGCAAAAGCAAGUACUCUUUCCAUUAAGCCUUUUCUCCAAUCCCCCCAAAACUUACUUAUUACUAAUCUAUUUUAUUUGCUUUUUUUUGAGACAGGCUUUCAAUGUAUAGCUCUGGCUGUCCUGGAACUCGAGACCACCUCUCUCUACCCUCGAGUGCUUGGAUUAAAAGACUGAGCAAAACCACUAAAACAAAACAACCAAAACAAAAACAAAAACAAAACCUAGUUUUUAAUGAAGAUAGUUCAGUGUAUGUUGUAAGGAAAAUAAAAGAUGAAAACAAAGAUCUGGGUGAGAGGGGUAAGAGGCUCAGUGGAUAGAGGAGUUGCUAUACAAGCCUGCAACAACCUGAUUUGUUAUUUGAGAGGACCCAACUUCAAUUUCCAGCACACAGCCAUCUGUAUCUCCAGUUCUAAGGGAUCCAUCUCCCUCUUCUGGUCGCCUCAGGCACUGCCUGCAUGUGGAGCACAUACAUAUAUGCAUACUUUUUUUUUUAAUUAUUAAAAAAUUAACUUGUAAAAGCAUUAAAGACAGAGAGCAAAGCUGUGUCAGGCCAGAGGCAGAAAAAAGGACUCUGGAGGAAGAGCAGGAGCAGGCUGGGCCGUUUUGAGGUGGUUUCGCUGUACUGCAGGCCUAGAACUGCUGUGCCCCUCCUGCUUACCCUUGGUAAGCACUGGCAAUUACCUUAGUUUGGCAUUUACAUUUGUUUUUCCUGAUAUUACUAUCUUAUUAAUUUCAUCCUUAAAAACUAAGACCUAUCUUGAACUAGUAAAAUUUGUUUUCAAAAAUGUUGAUCUUUAAAUACCUUUCCAGCAUGUUAUAUCUUUGUACUAUACCAAAUCCAUGUAGCUUGCCUAUGUUUAAUUUACUGAUACCUCUUCAUAGUUAGUUUACCUACAAAAGGCUAAAAUGAAACAUCAGUCUUUCUGUUGGGAUAAGUGUUUCGCACCUUUAAGUUGGCCACACCCAGCCAGGUGGUGGUGGCGCACGCCUUUAAUCCCAGCACUCGGGAGGCAGAGGCAGGCGGAUUUCUGAGUAAGAGGGCCAGCCUGGUCUACAGAGUGAGUUCCAGGACAGCCAGGGCUACACAGAGAAACCCUGUCUCGGAAAACCAAAAAGAAAAAAAAGAGAGAAAGAGAGAGAGAUGGGUGUUUAUGUAUCAUUUUGAUGAUAUCUGCUUACAUAUAUAAGCAAAAAAGGUUUUGAAUAAUUUUAAUUAGGCAGUACCAUGUUCAGAGUGUCUUUUAAAAUCACUGGGCAGGUCCCAGGUUUAUAGUCACUAAUAAUUAAAGCAGCAUUAUUUUUAUUAUUUAAAAAUUAAAGAAGGCAACAAAGCUAAGUGGGAUAGGCCCGAUGCAUAAAUAUCUGGUUAAAUGAGCAAUUUCAGUUCUCAGGUGCUCACAAGAUCUGGGUUCUAAUUUUACUCUUAACUAUGCUUCAUUCUUGAAAAUAGUUGCUCAAAUGUAGCUGCUGUCAUGAUUGAGGUGUGAUCAUAAGUUGAAAAAUAAGUAUCUCUAGGAUAGGACCUAUGAGUCAGACACCAUCAAAUUUUUCUUUACUUGAAUGUCAGAGUUUAGCUCUGUGCGUUCCAUUUGAGAAUUGGCAGGUGAUGUAGUGACUGAAAGAGACAAGGAAGGUGUACAAAACAGAGUUUUCCAUUUCUGUUUUUCCUUACAACACAAUCCUUGAGCACCAGAUUUGUCGAUGUGUUUAAUGCCUUUCAAGCCAUAAGUCUUAGAAAUCUUGCAUGAAUUCCCUGCAAAUUAAGCAGAGUGCCUUAACAAAAAUGUAGUCAGCUGUCUGCUUUUCACUAAAUAUGUAAUUUGUCUCUGGAGUUCAGUUUAAUUUUUAUUUAUUUUGCUGUGUGUAUGUGUGUGCUCUAGUGCACAUGCACAUGUGAAGAUCGGAGGACAACUCUUAGAGGAUUUUCUGCUGGUACCUUGUGAGAGCUGGGAAUCAAACUCAGGCUGUGAGGUCUGUACACAAGAGCCUCUCCCCACUAAGAUAUCUUUACAGUCCUGAGGCUGUGUUUGUUUGUUUUGGUUUUUUCCGAGACAGGGUUUCUCUGUAUAGCCCUGGCUGUCCUGGAACUCACUCUGUAGACCAGGCUGGCCUCGAACUCAGAGAUCCACCUGCCUCUGCCUCCCAAGUGUUGGGAUUAAAGGUGUGCGCCACCACUGCCCGGCUGAGGCUAGGUUUUCUUUUGAGGCUAGAAGCCAUGAUAGGAUAAAAAUAAUAGACAAGGAGUUAUAUUUACUUUUAUGAUGAAAAUUGACAGGAAAAUAGAAAGCAAGGUUUGGAUCCUUCCAUAUCUCAUCUGCGUGUGCAACAUGGAGGGCCUAAAACCCAGCAGGCAAUGUGUGGAUUUGGAUUGAGGUGUGGAAAUGCCUUCAAUCAUCAGAUAAUGCCUAUCUUAAUUGCAGAGCAUGAUGGUCACACCUUUAGUCCUGACACGGGGAGGCAGAGGCAAGUGGAUCUCUGAAUUUGAAGUGAACAUACUAAAUUCCAGGCCAGCCAGGGCUACAUAGUGAGACCCUCUCUCAAAACAAAGCCUACCUGCUCUGCAAAUGACAGGUUAGCAGCUCAGUAAUCGCUGUCUUUUACUCAUGACCAGAACCAUCUGUAACAUCUGGCCAUGCCAGUUUCACUGUCUGCACCUAGAAGAUAACACCCUGGAAACCACCAUAAAGCUGAACCUAUGUGUAUAUACAAAUAUAUUUGUGUGACAUUUCAGUCUGUUGUCAUCUAAAAAGUAAACAACUGUGAAGUUGUUACAAAAUAAGUCACUCAGAAGGGAAGGGGGAUGGGAGGAGGAUCUUCGUGCAAAGGGUACUGGGAGGAGGGGGCUGAUAUUGUGAUGUAAAUUUUUAAAAGGUAACUUGAAGAUACUAUCAGUUCCCAGUAUGUAUUAUAAAGUCAAAUGAUUAAAUAUAUUUAUAUAUCUUACAAAAUUAAGUCAUACACAAACUUUUUUUUAAUGUUACUCUUUUAUUUCAAUAAUGGUCUUGACAGGUAGUUUCAUGUCUGUUGCUUUAGUAAAACACCCUGACAGAGCAACUAAAUGAAGCAAGACUAUUUUAGCUUCCAACUCUAGGUGAUAGUCCAUUACUAUAGAGGAGUCUCAGCAGCAGUACAGGUGCUUGCUCCACAUCCCAUAGUCAUGAACAAAGAGCUAAUGGGUGCUUGACGCUUGCUCUCUGUCGCCUCCCAACACUCAGAACAGUGCAGAACCUAAUCCAUGACAUGGUACCUCCCACAUUCGGAGUGGGCCUUCCACCUCACUUAACCCAAUCAUGAAAAUGUUAACCAUGGGUCAACUCAACCCAUAUAAUUCUCGUUGAGACUGUAUUCUCAGGUGUUUUGAUAUCCUUUCAAAUAGACAAAACUAACCAACACGGACUCAGGGUCUAUGCUGGCUGAAUUCCUGCUCCCACUGCGUCCAGCGAGUCUGCGUCCCACCGAUCUGUUUCGUGUGGUACUUGUAAAUAAACUCUGGGUCUCGGCUCGUCCAGCAAUCUGUCAAUUGAGCUACAUCCCCAGCAGGUUUACGGUUUUGAGUUGGGCGUUCUAUGCUGCAAGCGCUGGUUAGAAGCCCUUGCUCUGAAAGGUUGGGAGCCGUCUCCAUUCACACCGGAAGGCAUCUGGUCAGCAGAACAGGACUACCGCCGUCCCUGGCAAUGCUGGACAGGUCAUUAAUCUAUGGGGAAGAUUAAUCAAGACAGUGAGCAUCUGGUCUGGCCUCGCAGUUUAGAAAUACAUUAACAUGGCGACGGAUGGGUGCUACUGGUCUCCCUCGAGUGGUCUAUACGGCCCUGACUCAGCUCAAGGUGGCACUGGGCUCACAGCCCUUUGCUCUCAGUAGCAGAAGGGCCCACGCGUGGACACCCGAACGGAGAGACAGGUUAGCUAAACCUGCCCUGUGACACUGUGGGCACACCAUGUCAACUCCGCCCUCUGCCAGGGCAGGUCAAUAGUGCGCUUGCGCGGGCUAGAUGCCCCAGUAACCCUGCGGACAGAGUGGGCCAAUCAGCGUGCUGUCUCCUGGCCCCGCCCUGCACUGCGCCCGCCCCUUCCUCCGCGCCCUGAGGCCAGCGCUGUCCGCAACGCUUUGAGGUGAACGCGGCUCGGAGCGGCCCUCCGAAGACUGAAACUGUUAUGGUUUCCUGUAUUGAGUUAUCCCAGGCUGCAGGUACAGGCAACUUAAGUCCUCAAGGUCACACAAUUAGUCAUGGAAGAACUAGGAAUUGGAUGCUUGCCUUUCUGGAUCCUCUAAGCAGGUAAACGAGUUGUACUUAACUCUGGCUUCAAGAUGGAUAUCCUCUAUGACUCCUGACUUGAUCUUCUCAUCCUACCCAAGAAAUAUUGGUAUGGCAGAACAAACACCCAGAGAGAAGCUGACUGGAUUUGCCCAGUUGACUAAAUAAUAAUAAAUGUACUAAAUUGUGAUGAAUUUUGAUACUGACUUGCAGUUGUAAUAAAGUAUGCUUGAAAGCUAAAAAUAGUAAAGUAUUCAACAGUCAGGACCUGUUGCUCAUCCCAAACUAAAACAUAGUGGUUAUAUAACACUUCAAGACGCACUCUCAAAGUGAUGAUAUUUAGGAUAAUUUCUAUGUGUUCUAAGCAUUAUAAUUUUUUUUCCAGGUUUCUACCCCAGGCAUGGACCUAUUUGCUCAUAUAAUAGGGUGAGCUAAGGAAGAGAUGUGAAAAAGUCAAGCAGCAAGCUUGCACCCUACACUCAUGUCUGUUAUAGGAAGAGAUGGACUCUUUUUUUAUUUGCCUUUUAUAUGUACAUACUUGUUGUGUGUUUGGGUUACUUUCCUUGGGCAACUUCCUUAGGAAGCACUGGCCUAGGAGAGGGUGAGCACCCGGAAGCAUGGGCUGAGAGAUGACAGCCUCCCAAGACCUCAGCCAGAGCUGAACUUGGGGUGACCUCCCUACAGGGAUCACAGUAAUGAGCCCAGCUGUAGCCUGCUUUUUGAACAGCCAGACAUGUGCUCUUAAAAGAAGAAACCCAGGAAUCUGAAGAGCAGUUUUCAAACCACAGCCUUUCCCCUUUGCUGCUUUCCAGGCUUUAAAACUACAAAUUAUUGACUGGGAAAGGCAGACAUCAUGUUCACAGCACCUGGUAUGGCUACGACCCAGGAAAGACCUUAUUCCUGCAGUGUGUGUGGCAAGAGCUUUCAGUAUAGUGCAGUGCUGCUGCGGCACGAACGGGCCCAUGGUGGCGACAAGCGUUUCUGCUGUCUAGAGUGUGGUGAACGCUGUGCUCGAGCAGCAGACCUACGUGCACACAGGUGGACCCAUGCUGGCCAGACCCUCUAUAUCUGCAGCGAGUGUGGCCAGAGUUUCAGUCACAGUGGCCUGCUGGAUCUACACCUGGGAACGCACCGAAGGCGCAGCCGCACCCGUCCUUGCCGCCUCUGUGGCCGUCGCUUCCCUCAUGUCCCUGCGCUGCUGCUGCAUCGUGCUCGCCAGCACCCACCUGAGAAGCCCCACCGCUGCCCUCUGUGUGCCCGCUCUUUUCGGCAGAGCGCUCUUCCUUUCCACCUGGCACGAGCACACCCCCCUGAGAUCAUCACUGUCACCGCCCCUUCCCCCAGCACGCUCUACCACUGUACACAGUGCCCACGGGCCUUCCAUAGCAGUGCUGGGCUGCGGAACCAUUCCCGCAUCCAUGUGGUCCCCAGCCUCAGUGACCCUGGCACUGAGGCCCAUCUAUGUGGCAUAUGUGGUAAGAGCUUCAGCAAGAGUUCCACACUCACACGACACCUCCAGAGGCACUCUGGGGAAAAGCCUUUCAAGUGCCCUGAGUGUGGCAAGGGCUUCUUGGAGAGUGCCACACUUGUGCGGCACCAGCGAACACACACUGGGGAGAAGCCAUAUGCAUGUAGCGACUGUGGACGCUGUUUCAGCGAGAGCUCCACACUGCUGCGUCACCAGCGCAGCCAUCAGGGUGAAAGGCCGCACGUGUGUGCCACUUGUGGCAAGGGCUUUGGGCAGCGGUAUGAUCUAGUAGUGCACCAGCGUAGCCACACAGGGGAGAGGCCCUUCCCAUGCCCGCAGUGUGGCCGGGGCUUCACAGACCGCUCCGACCUCACCAAACACCUGCGCACACACACAGGGGAAAAGCCCUACCACUGUGAGUUGUGUGGCAAGCGAUUCACCUGCAUUUCCAACCUCAAUGUACAUUUGCGCAACCAUGCAGGCCAUAAACCACACAAGUGCCCAGAGUGCGGCAAGUCCUUUAGUGUUGCCUCCAAGCUUGCACUGCACAGAAAGACACACCUAGGUGAGCGGACAGCAGAGUGCACAGAGUGUGGCAAAUUCUUUAGCCAUGGCCGGUCGCUAUCACAGCACCAGCGGUCCCACAGAAGGGCUCGAGCAGCUGCAAUGGCAGCCACUACCACCACCACUGUAGUCACUGAGGUGACAAUAGGUCCUUCUCUCACUCUCACAGGACCAACAGAACAGGAGAAAUCAGGGCUCUUAGUAUCCCCAUUUCAGGAAACUUGCUAAGAGGGCUCCAGGAGAUAGCUGGGUGAACAGACUUUCAGUCCCAAGGAAAAGCUCAGAUGGUUUGGGAAGCCAGACCUGCUGUUGUUACAUUGUUGCUAGCCGUUCACCUAGCUUGCCUUGUCUCUAAAUGGAAAUCCCCACCAGUUCUUCUAUCAUCCAUCCUUGUAUUCCCCAACUCUGAGUACUAGGAGUCAGGGAACCGAUGUCACAGCCCUAUGCAAGACAAACCAGGUGCUUGUGCUCCGUUGCUGCCACUCUGCUCUGUUACGUGGGCUGAGCUCUACCUUUGCUGCCUGUUAAUCUCUACUGCUUUCUCUUGCUUGAGACAUAGUUGAAGAGGUAACAUACAGGCAGUAUAGGAGAGUGGAAUAGCUCCCUUCAUUAAAGGACCAAGAUCUGUGACAAGUUUCUCCCUUGCAGAGGUAACCAGAAUACGUGUAAGUAGGCAGUCUUCAGCCUGGCCAUCCAUAUGUCCUUUGACAAGAUGAUCUUAGGGCCCAACAAGAUGGUUAGACAGGUAAAGGUACCUGCAGACAACCUAAUUUGAUCCUUCGAAUCCACAUAUGUACUAUGGUACAUGUGCACACAUAAAGAAAUGUAGAAUUUUUUUCAGUAAAUGGCUCUUAGCACAGCUUUCUCCAAUCAGUUAGGAAAUGUUUGUCUUGGGAUGCAGAAGACUGUUUGGGUCCAUAAAGCCCAGUACUGUGUGAAACAAAAGAAUAUUUCCAGAUGAAACUUCAAGGCCCAAGAAAACAAGUUACCUGAAGUCCUGGGCAAGAGCAGGCUGUAAAGCCUGGAAUUGUUCAAUGACUGCUUAUAGCUGGUGAUAUUGUUACUUGCUUGGGUUUGUGACACCAAGAACCCCUUUGUCAAAAUGAGUUCCAAGUUCUCUUCCUUUUAGGUGGUGGUUUCUUCAUUGCUGUGACAAAUGCCUAAGAAAAUCAACUUAAAAGGUUUAUUUUG